AUGUCGGGUCAGCCAACCUAUAGGCGAUUGUUGCCUCUGACCUCAAGCGUCCCGCCCCAUCCCCCCCAUGCCUUGGUGUCUAAGCGGAAGAGAACACAAGCCUUGUCAGCCUGCGCCAACUGCCGAAAGCGAAAAGUCAAGUGUGAUGGAGCCCGGCCAACCUGCCAUGGUUGCGUCUCCUCCAAUACGCCCUGCGUCUACCCCUUUGCCGAAGGGAUCACUCCGAGGGAAGCCCAGAAACAAAAACUCAGUCAUGUUUCAGUAGCGCAUGAAAAGGGUCGACAAGUUCUUGAGCUACUUCGAACAAGCAACAACCAGACGGUGGGUGGCAUUGUGAAGCAGCUGCAGGGGUCCGAUGAUCUUGAAGAGGCUGUUCAGUCAAUAGCCGACGCUACCCUUCUCCUCCCCAUCAACUAUGGGCCCAGGAUCUCGGAUCCGACUGAAUCAAGAGGGGACCUCGGCAAGAGAGUCACUUAUAAUAACGCAUAUGAGUUCGUCAGCCCUCUUGAUGAGAUCAUGCCCGUAUCGCGCUGGACCAAGAUCUCUCAUGACGACAAGGCCUUGACACAUCUUGUGAACUUAUUCUGGAUCUGGGACACGACGCUGUCGCAUCUCAUUGAUAGAGACCUCUUUCUCUCCUCCCUGACAGGUACCGAAUGCGAUACUGCACAUAGUGAAUACGGCCACUUCUGCUCACCAUUACUUGUCAAUGCCAUCCUGGCUGUGGCCUCACUCCAUGCGACAAGAAACACCGAAGCAAACUCUGCAGACAUCCUAGCGCUUGGCCAUCAGUUUGCUAAUCACGCAUUCCAACUUCUAGAAUCGGAGCAGACUGUAAGCUCUUUGACUUUACUACAAGCCGCUGCUGUCCUGUGGACUUUUGCCAGCAAUGACGGAUCCCACCACGCACGACGACAAUGUGCAAGCCUGCAGAGCCUGCUGAGACAAAAUUGGGUUUCUGUUGAUCUAGAUGGCAUAGGCUCCAGGCUAGUCACAUCUUUGAGGAAGAACGACGGUGCUCCAGCGAAGAUGUGCGAGGCAAUUUCUCACAUGACUUGGGGAUUUUACUGUUUUUUUUCCAAAGCAUCCGUAAUCGCCUCGCCCGAGAUGCUAGUCCCGAAACCUCUUAUCAGUAACACAUCUCGAAGCUUCAGCAGUCAAGUCUAUUGCAUGGGGCAGAAUCCAAUAUUAUAUCCAGGCAAAGCUCCUCGAUACUCUGAAGCUUUCGUCGCGGAAUGUGCCCUUUGCGAGAUCGCUGCCCAACUUGUGACUGAGUCCGCCUGCAACGGCCUGGAUGGUUGUCGUUAUACGGCGCUUUAUAACAAGCUUUGUUGUUGGCAACUUUCCUUUCCCGAUCAUCUUAUGACGGACAAAAGUGUCUCUUCAUCUGUUUUGUUGCUUCAGGCCAGCUACGACUUUAUUGCACUUCGAAUAAUGUCCAGUUAUUUGAAAGAUUCGGACACUGAUGUCUUUGACGGUCACAACGCUGCUUCCCUUAUUAUUGGCCAUGCGAGCUCCAUGAUGGCCAGCCUUUGGACCUACCGCGGCAUACAUAAGAUUAGGCAUGAGUACUGGGCAGCCGAGUACUGCUCCUUUAUGGUCCAUGAACUCAUGCCUCUCCUCGAUUUGGGAAAUGCGAAACUCACUGUACGAGACAUCAUCGGCAAAGCUUGCUGCAUCAUCAAUGAGAUGUCCAAUGCCGGAGUAUCGGGUCGCGCACAAGCAAUACUCAUCAACAUUGAGAAGCAGGCAAAAUUAUCAAACAGAAUAGUCCCUGUGUAUGGCAGGCAGUCGGUGAGAGGGGAAACUGGGCCAAUGAUUACAAUUCGCGGAGUGAGGGUGUUCGAUGACGGAAAAGGCCGGGUAAUAGAUUCCCCAGCUGAGACUUCCACGGUCAAGUUUCUAGACAGAAUUGUAAGCGUUGACUGA